UUCAUUACUUUUAAAAAUUUGUCCGACAAAAUCAUCCAUAAUCAUAAAAAAAAUUGAAGGAAAUUAAUCAUGGGACAAGGCUCUUAAUAUCAAUAAAUUGAGGGGAAUUAAUCGUGGGACAAGGGCUCUUAAUAUCAAUAAAUUAGUUUGUCCAAUUUCAUGUUGGAGAUAUUUCUUUCACUAUAAAAACACAGAAGAAUAAACUGUAAGGGGGGAGGAAAAUGGAGGCCGAAGCAAAAAUGGGAACCGCUUCACGACGAGACCGCAUACGCGUCCGUUUCGCUGAUCCGCAACCCGUGCACCCUAGGACCUAUGGCGAAGCCACGCACGAAUCCACCACGCAGCAACCACCGGUGGUCCUCCACUCCACAAAGGCAGUCUCCGAUCCGGAGCCGCCGUCCACCGCGAGCGCAUGCCGACAUCCGCCAGGUUGCUACACGGCGCAGCUGGCGUCGACACAGGGACGAGGGCAGGGUCGGGGACGACGUAUGCGAGUUCCCGUGGACGUGGGAGAUGGUAUCUCUUCAUCUAGAUCUAGGAGUCGGCUGGCUCGGGUAUCUUCUUCCCGCCACCGAGAGGAGGAGGAGGAGGAGCAGGAGGAGGAGGUGCCAGUGCCAUACCACGAGCCGGAGGGGGUACCGGAUGUUGACCCUCCAUCCGGGGAGGAGGAUGAGCAGGAGGACAGCUACCCGGGAGGGCCCUUUGACACUUCCGUGCUGAUAUCCUACCGCGAUCACGUCGCUCGCGUAUCUGGGAGGGAGAGGAGAGAGAUCCUUUGAAAAUGUUGAACCACGCCCAGAAGAUUUUCAGUCUGUUUAAACCAGCAGCUGAGUAGUUUAACGACGCGGUGCGAGGUUCAGGGCUUAGCGGGCUCUGCAUGACGGGGUACACCACCAUCAGCCACGGCAUGUAGGGGGCAUUUGUGGAGCGCUGGCACAAGGAGACGUAUUCUUUCCACUUGCCGGUUGGGGAGAUGACGAUCACCUUGCAAGAUGUGCAGUGUCUUCUCCACCUGCCCAUCAGGGGGUCGCUGUUGACCCACUCUCGGAUCCAGAGGGUCGAGGCCAGUCAGUGGAUGGCGCUCUAUUUGGGCAUGGAGCCCGAAGUUGCUGACUUCGAGUGCAUCACGACAAAUGGGCCUCAUAUCCGGUUCACCACACUGAGCGCUUAUUUCGAGCACCACCUGGAUGCGGCGGCCGAUGCCGAGGAGGCGGGUGACGAUCUAUUCACAUAGUAUCACCGCGGCUGCGCUCUCCGGUGCUGGUACAUGUUUGUGGUAGGCGCUGCAUGCUUUAUGGACAAGAGUGCAAGGUACGUUGACGUGACAUACCUCCGCUACUUCAUGGACCUGGAUACCGUUCACCAGUGGAACUGGGGGGCAGCUACUCUGGCAUACCUCUACCAGAAGCUGAAUGAGGCCUCCAACUGGAGGACGAGGCAGUUGGUCGGAUCCUGCACACUACUUACGAGUUGGAUCAUCUCCUACUUCUCCCGCAUCCACGGCUUCCACAUCGAUCCUGCGUACGUUGACGCCAUGCCCAGGGCAGCCAGAUACGUUCUCCAGAGGGGGAACAAUGCGGUGGGACCAUACCGUGGGUACCUGGACCGCACGAUGCACGACGACGUCACAUGGAGGCUGUUCAGCGACUACACUCAGAUUGUCCCCUUUGACGGCAUAUCUCUAUAUUCUGGCUGGUUGGCAUGCUGGACUACCAUCAUGGUCCGGUAUCUCCCCGAGUGGUGCAUGCGGCAGUUCGGAUUCGUGCAAAUGAUACCCAGGUCACCCUUCGAGGCUGCUCCCGACACAGUGACCAGAGUGCAGCUCACUGCCAUGUUUGAGGAUUGGGAGCAUCAUGUGGUACCGGAGGAGUAUCGUCGCCGGCGGGUCACCCAGGACUGGCACAGUGUGGAGGGGUACGUCACAUGGUUCUAUCGGGUUUCACAUCCUCUGCUGACACCCGACGCUCCCGGCGCUCCUAGGCCAGCACACAAGGAGAUCCUUGAGAACCAGCAGGCCGAGGAUGACCACGCCAUUGAUCUCCUACCGAUCUGCCAGCGGAUAGAGAUGCUUGGGCGGGACGCGUUGGAUUGAGGUGUCGUUCAUCAGGGCAGUCCAGAGGCAGUCGCCGUGAUGGAGAUGAUCGUCACUGAUGCGGGCCGUGCGGCGGCAUACAGGCGGCAGAGGAGGGCCCAGGGUGAGAGGGUUAGGCACACCAGUAGUGGUUGGGUUUAUUUAUUUUUUGUUUUCGGAUUGUAUCUUUAGCACACUAUUUUUUUUUUUGGAUUUGGAUCGGCUUGUAUAUAUUACUUUUUUUAUCAUAUUAGUUUUUUAUA